ACACCUACCAUCUCUAUCCUUCUUCCAGGGGUGCCCUGAGAUCACACUGAAAUCAAAACAAUGGUGAAGGCUGUUGUCGUUCUUGGAAGCAGUGAGGGGGUCAGUGGGACUAUUUUCUUCACUCAAGAGAGAGAUGGUCCAACUACCGUGACUGGGAGCGUUUCUGGACUUAAGCCUGGUCUUCAUGGUUUUCAUGUUCACGCUCUUGGUGACACAACAAAUGGUUGCAUGUCAACUGGACCACAUUUUAAUCCUGCUGGCAAUGAACAUGGUGCCCCAGAAGAUGAGAAUCGCCAUGCUGGUGAUUUAGGGAAUAUCAAUGUUGGUGAUGAUGGUACUGUGAGUUUCACCAUCAUUGACAAGCAGAUUCCUCUCACCGGACCAAACUCUAUUGUUGGAAGGGCUGUUGUUGUCCAUUCAGAUCCUGAUGAUCUUGGCAAGGGGGGCCAUGAGCUUAGCAAAACCACUGGAAAUGCUGGGGGCCGUGUAGCUUGUGGUGUUAUUGGUCUCCAAGGCUGAAGUUGAAUAUAUGGUGAGAGGGUGGACUUUGUUUGAAUAAGAGAAAGCUCGUGCCAUGUACUUUUGUUUGGGUUGGUUUUGUUGCAAGUUGAGUAGAUGUUGUGUUUAUGCUCAAUGCAAUGACUUUUGUUUACAUGGUUCUGUAAGAACAUCAGACUCUAGAGCUGAGCUCGGGAGAGUCUGCACCCAUAACCUAUCCACAAAUCAUUAGCUGCCCUAGCUAUGUUAUUGGCUUGUUGAUUAUAUAAUAUUAUAUUCUACCAAAAAAAAAAAAAGAUUAUAUAAUAUU